ACUCCAACCGGCGGCUACACCGGCUUCUGCGCGACAACCUGGGCCGAAUCCAACCCGGGUCCGGCGGCGUGCAUCCCUUGCGACGCGGCAACGGCGCCCUGCGCCGACGGCAGCGACUGCUGGGGCGCCACGUUUUGCAAAGGCGAUGUUUUAUGCGGCGACCCGUCCGACAGCGACUGCGCCAUCGGGAGCGAGCAGACCCCACCGACAGCUCUGCCACCCCCGCCUGCGCCCCUCGACCCCGCGGCAGUCCUGUCCGGCAAGCGCCUCGUCGCUUAUGUUCCAAACUGGAAGGAGUGCCCCUCGGCGGAGCAACUGCAGCACUACACGCAUGCGCUGGUCGCAUUUGCAGUCACCUAUCCGGCGUGGCGGCCAGCCGGGCAAGACACGUGCGAGACCGACCGGACGUGCACAGUGCAAGGCGUGCCUGGCUGUGGCGGCAAGUCGCUCGUUGAGAUGGUGGGCGACCUGCAGAGCGUGGGCGUCAAGGUGAUCCUCUCCUUCGGCGGCGCUUCGAUGGGCGGCGUGUGGGAGGCGAAGGGUGAUCCUGGCUCAAACUCGUGCUGGGAGCAUUGCCUCGACAAGGUGGACGCCCUCGUCUCGCAGCUGGCUGCCAUUGUCCUCGCGUCGGGAGCGGACGGCAUCGAUGUCGACUACGAGUACUACCUCGACGAGGCAAAGUACCGCGAGUUCCUGGCGGCCCUCACGAGCGGGCUGCGCACCGCGCUCCCUAGCCCCUUCCUGCUCACGCACGCCCCGAUGGACCCUGACCUAUGCACGACGAGCAUCCACCCAGGCUGCCGUGAGGAGUAUCUCAACAUUCUCGCGGGACAGAGCGAGAUGAUCGACUUCAUCAUGCCGCAAUAUUACAAUGGCUGGCAGCGACCCUCCACCAACUUUACCGGCGCGCUUCAGCACUUUAGCGCCUUGGCGUCGACCGCCUUUGGCGGCGACGCCUCCAAGGUGGUGUUUGGCUUUUGCUGGGUGGUUGCAUAG